AUGAAAGAUGAGCCAGAGGAGUCAGACCUCUCCUCAUCUAUCCUAGAGAAGAAAGAUAUAGGGAAGCCAGCGAUUCAGGAUUUUAAACUAUACAAGAUCAGGUGGCCCAUUGUCCUAUUUUUCAGUUCCUCUAUGAUCGCUGGCGGGUUAGCUCAGAUUGGUCUGAGUCCGAUAAUGUCUAUCAUUAAGGAGAUAUAUGGAAAAGAUGGGAUCAUCAUUUCCUUAUUGGUAUUGCCCUUUACUAUAUUCUUUAUUCCAUUAAUGUAUCCAGCUAAUUACCUCAUUGAGAAAUAUGGAAUUACGAUCCCUAUCUAUAUUGCAUGCAUAACUCUUGUUAUUGGCGCAUGGAUAAGGAUGCUUGUCAACACAAGCUUCUACUUCCUCCUAGCAGGUCAAUGAGUCAUGGCAUUUGGACAGCCUUUUGUGAUUUCUUCUCCCGCAAAGGUUGCUGGAGUCUGGUUUGGAGACAAGGAGAGAGCUUUAGCAACAACACUUGGAUCUCUUGCAGGGCCUUUCGGAGCUGUUAUAGGAUAUCUCUUGCCCUUACCACUUAUUUCAGACUCAGAUACAGAUCCUAAAAGUCUCGGAAGAUCUAGAAUGUCGAGAUAUAUCCUAAUUCAGAGUAUUAUCAUCACAGCUUUAACUCUCCCAGUAUUGAUAUUCAUUAGAAAUCGGCCUCCGACACCUCCAAGUGCUUCUGCUGCAAACUCAAUUAAGAAGAAGUCAGAUGGAUUGAUCAAGAACUCCUUCAGACUUCUAAAAAAUUUGAAUUUCCUUUUGCUAAUGGUGGGUUUUUCAUCAGUGUAUUCCAUCUAUACAACUCUUGGAGCAGCUAUUGGACCUUUAACUCACAGUUUUGGAUAUAACUCCAGAGACAACAGUCUUUUCGGUUCAAUCUAUAUUGUUGGAGGAGUGUUUGGCUCGUUCGCACAUGCAAUCUUCCUUGAUAAAUACUCUAGAUAUAAGAUGCAAUUCAUCAUAAUUGGCAUAACCAACUGAAUAUCCUUUGCGCUUGUGAUAUUCCUCAUUAGUCAAGGAAGUGUGGUGCUCACAGCAUGCCUCCUGUUCAUCAUGGGCUUUAGCCAGUUGCCAGUGAUUGGUGUAGCUUACGCAUUUGUUGCAGAAAUGACAUAUCCAAUAGACGAAGCUCUCUCUUGAGGAAUGAUACAUUUGCUAGGCUCAAUAAUUGCAACAGCGUUUGCAUUCAUGGCGACUUCAUUCAUUGAUAAUAAUAAAACAAAUUUGGCUUUAUACAUCUUAUUAGGUCUCUGAGUUUUGGGACUAUUUUGAAAAUUCUUUAUAAAAGAGAUUCUCAAGAAGAAAAGAGCAGGAAUUAGGGGUACUAUUUUGUCAUUUCAUUUUGGAAAUACUAGUUUCCCAAAUUCAUAUCGGAAUACUAUCCGUUCCGAAAAAGUGAAAGCGGAACAAUAA